AAAAGAGUGAAACGAGUAUAUAAAUCAGACAAUCCAAUUUCUUCACACAGAAUCCCUUUACACACAAAUCACCGCAAGGGUUCUCUCCUUCACCCUAUAACAAAUGGCGCUCCGCACAACCUUAGCGAGACGCCUAUUCAGCUUGAAACAAGCCGAUUCAGCUGCGCCGGUUACACAUUCUCCGGCUACCGUCGAAAAGUACCUAGCCCCGCAGAACGCAUCCAGAUUGAGCUUCCACAGAGAACUUAUCACGCCGCCUGACGGAACGGUCGGCGCGUUUUUCCAGCGGUUCUUACACAAGAAAGCGGCCGUCCAAGCCACGAGGCUGCCGGAUUUCGUAUCUACUCCGGACGGAGAUGGUCUGAGAAAAAAGCUAUGGCCGGUUAACAUUUCCGGUGAUAGGAUCCGGCUCGACGGACUUGUUCCUCCUCCGCCGGUGACUGUUCCGAAGGACGGUAUUGGCGAAAUAUCGAUAAAUGAUGUGAAGAAGAUUCUGAGGUGUUCUCAAAUGGAGAAGGUGAGGUCGAGGGUCAGAAAUAUUCCGGUGAACUGCGUUUCGUACUUGGAGUUUGUUAAUAUUUGCGGUGGCGGUUGUGGCAAUACAGAGCAAGCUCUGGAGUAUGCAAAGAUGAUGGACGAAUCCGGCAGCGUCAUCGUUCUAGGCGACGUCGUUUUGCUCCACCCUCAUAAGGUGGCGAAAUCUAUGGAGAAAAUAAUUUCCGAGACAAAUGCACCGCCUAACGACCCGAGAAGGAAACAACUGGAACGGAUGGAGCAUGAAAAACGAAUGAUCGAUCAAAAAGCCCAGUCAUUAGUAAAAGGUGAACUGUACUGUGGUUUGGGCUAUCUUGCUGUGCAAACAUUGGGCUUCAUUAGGCUAACCUUUUGGGAGCUGAGUUGGGAUGUGAUGGAACCCAUUUGCUUCUUCGUCACGUCCUUUCAUUUUGGGCUUGCGUACACCUUCUUCCUUAGGACCUCCAAAGAGCCCAGUUUUGAAGGGUAUUUCCAAAGGCGUUUCAAAACCAAGCAAGAAAAAUUAAUGAAAAUGUAUAAUUUCGAUGUUGAAAAAUAUAAUAUGCUCAAGAAAUCCUUUUACCACAUGGAUAAUCAUCACCUUACAGGAGGUGGUGCACUUCCUGGUUGAGAAUACAAUGCAGGCAUGCAGUGUUCAAGAUAUACAUGUUUUUUUUAAGUACAGUUAUACGGAGUACAUGUUAUAUACCAGAUAAUAUUUGUAAUUAUCCUUUUCUAUAAUUAUAGGAUUACCGAUUACCUAUCAUCUUAUAUAGGUAGUUUAUUAGUUA